UAAGAAAUAACCAUUUCGUCAAGUGUACACGCAAAAAAUUCCGUGAUUAUUAAAGUAAUUUACGAAUCAUUAAAUUUAAAGAAAUUAUAUUACAAGUAAACAUAAAAACGGUUUUUUGAUAAUAGAAGAGAAAUUCGACAUCGCGAGCGGCUAAUAAGAAUAAAGAUUUCUGGUGAAGAAUAGUGGGUGUAAAGAUCAUAUGGGAAGAUGGAGGCAUCGCGGAUCUCUGAAUGGGAAUAUCCGACGACAGGUUUUCUGCAGAAGCCUCUAGCGGGGAAUGGCAGGUCUUCCAAGCCAUAAAGCAUCGAUGGCGAGCGGCGGCUUGCGAUAAAGCUGCGCGCCGUUACCAGGACAACCAAAGAGGGCUGGACUAGCAGCAGGAGCAACAGCAGCAGUAACACGUCUCCACAGGGAGAGGAGGCGAGGGUUGCAAAAAGGAGGGGUGAGUCGGCGCAGGGGUGUGCAUCCGGGGGAUAGGCCGCUGUCGGAAAUUUCGCAGAGAUGGAGUUUCUGCAGAAUCAUCACGCGGUCAACACCUCCGAGUCGCCGUAUACCCUCGGCACAGGUUGUGUGGGUAGUAUCGAGGCAACCAUUUCGUCCAGCCUCUGUUCUGGACCACUGGGCGUGCUUUCGGGCGACGACGCUCUAUCAGCCGACAAUCAGAACGAGGAAGCGGUUGCUCUUGGUGCCGCUCUGCAAGGCACGCUGCGUCUACAGGAUCUGCAGAGCUCGCCGGAUGACAUCGGCGCCGAUCAGAGCCAGCAGCUCCCAACUUCCAGCCAAGCUGUAAACGAGUUCGGAGCCAGCUUUUGGGUUGACGACAUGGCGGGUUUUCCCCUACCCCCAUUAGAUCUAGAUCCUUUACCCCCCGGAUUGUUCAGUCCAUGUUCAGGAACAUACAACUGGGGUUGCUCGCGCGGUGAAUGUGUGCCCAGAGCGAGCAAUGGCGCGAAUGGCGAGGGUGUCGCCGACGUUCUUUUAUCUUUGAAACAUGCGGUAGUGCAUCCCGGAAGUCCUACAGCCGGCUAUUACCCCACCAGCGCAGGUUCUGCCGCGGCUCAUCAUUACUCGCAAGACUAUGUGCAGAAUUUAGGCCCGUCGGUUCCAGGCCCAGGCCACUACGGUUCUGCAUCCGCUGCCAUGUCCGUCAAUGUCUCGAUGAACAUGACUAUGAACAUGAACAUGCAUUCGGGAUACGAGCAGAGCUAUUCGUCGACGUGGGGUGUGGAACCUCUUUUAAGUCCCGCCCCGCAGUACGGCAAUCCAGUGGAUGCGGCGGCGCAAACGACCACGAGGGUGAAUCAGGGUGCGCCGACCAAUAGCGGUCUGAUCGGCCAUCCCCAUUCUCACCCCCAGCCACAUCACGGCGGUGGUGGUCGACUGCAGCUCGGGGGUGAGCACGCGAUCUGCGUGGGUAGCGCCGGUCCUGGAGUUGGGGGUAGUGUUACCGCCGAAGAUAAUGGCAGACCCAAUUUGUGCAGGAUAUGCGGCAAAUCGUACGCUAGGCCUAGCACCCUCAAAACUCAUCUACGCACUCAUUCCGGAGAAAAACCGUUUAGGUGUCACGCGUGCUCGAAGGCGUUUAGCCAAGCGGCGAACUUGACCGCUCACGCGAGGACACACUCCGGCGAAAAACCGUUCCGAUGUCCGGUGUGUGACAGAAGGUUUUCGCAGAGUAGCUCGGUGACCACACAUAUGAGAACACACUCGGGCGAGCGGCCUUACAGAUGUCGAUUCUGCAAGAAGGCGUUCUCCGACAGCUCGACACUCACCAAGCACCUACGAAUUCACUCCGGUGAGAAACCGUAUCAAUGUAAGCUAUGUCUGCUUAGAUUUAGUCAGAGCGGUAAUCUCAAUAGGCAUAUGAGAGUCCAUGGUGGUUCUCUGACGUGACAUAGUCCUCCUGCAUCAACACAGUCCACGAUGAUGAUGAUCGAUGACGGCAGUGCAGCAGUGCGUCAGUUACCGAGAUACUGUCGAAUACCUGUGAUUCGAUUACGAAGAAACUCGCCAGAAAAGUGAAACACAGAAACAAAGCGCAAGCUUUCAGUAUACAUAAAAUUUACUAAACUCCGGUGUAAUUAAUUCACCAGUAUAAUUAAAGCAGAAAAUUUCGAUAUCGGUGUAAUUUAUUAAUUUAAUUAUAGGUGCGCGAAAAAGGAGCUUGAACCAAAAAAUUGUCGCGAAUGAACAUAGAAGUUAAUUUUCCUGUGUCUGUGACACUGAAAAUUAUAAUUAUAUCGAUUCCAAUUUUUAAAAAAGGUUGCAAAAAUCCUCGGAAAGAUUCUUUCAUUUGAUCGAUAAUCACGCCCCGAAAGUGUGAAAUUUAAAUAAUGUUAUGCACUCGAUAUGAUAUUUAACAUUUCUAAUAUUAUUCAAUUUUUAGUAAAUAUUAUCUGCAAUGUGUCUCUCAGAUCUUUAUUGCUAUUUCAUUUCUAUCUAAUGGAAGAAUUAUUUUUUUCCAGUUGCCUCAUAUCCACUGUGCAAAUCCAGUCUAAUUUAGUUUAUAAAAUUAUAAUUUAUAAAAUUCAAUAUCAGCGGAUUAUCUUCUUAGAAUUAAUAAAAAGUCACGUUAAGCGCUUUCAAUCGCUAAUUCUAGUAACAAUAAACUUGUACACUUUGUUCCGUACGUAUACUGGCCAGGAUGGAGGUGAACUGGGAUGAAUAAUAUAUUUGAGAAUGUGCAGCAUAUUUAGUGCAGCACACAGUAAACAAAAUUCCGUCGAUAUUAUUGUACAAAUAUUGUAUUUAUUAUAAUUAUUAUUAAUUAUAAUAAUAAUGUUGCUCGUUUUAUCUCGACAUCACCUUCUCUCAAUUAUUUAUUCUAUCGUUAUCAAGUGUGUCAAGUGGCUCUUCUUUUUGUGUUGUGGUUCGCUUCUCUUUCUUUUUUUGUUUGUUUAUAAUCGCAAUGAACGAAGACUCAUAGUUUUGGUGCCGUUAAUUUUUUUUUCAUCGAGAAACAAGAAACAAAAUAAAAAAAAAAAGAAGAAAGGAAUAUGACAGAAUAUCGAUUGUUCUAUAUCUAUACAAGCUUAUCCGCAUGUGGAGAACUCGUUAAUUAAAAACUGAUUAUUAAUUAAAAGCGACCUAUCAUUUUCUCUUUCUU